CUUUGGCAAAAAUCGUAUUCGUAGAUGCGCAGCCAUAAUUCAGAAAAUAUUAAGUGUUAACCUUAUGAGGUAGCUCAGAUUGUACAGAAAAUGGAUCAAUAAACGUCACAGCGUCUACACACUAAUUGGAUUUGCUUUUUAAAGCUGGUCGACAGGAAACGCUUGGCUUGCUGCGUUUUCAACAUAGACUAAGAAUAAGAAAAAGACUUGAUUCAGAAAAGCACAACAAGGAACAUACGAGUGGGAACAGCAUUUGGAAAAGAAAAAAUAGCGUGAAAAGUAACCAUUAUGAAGGCCUCCAAAACACGCGCUGCUCGACUGACUAGCCUGACGGAGGACAUGUUUAUAAUACCAGAGGAUGCGCCAUUUCGGGCACGCUUACAUCUGCUCUUUUCACAAAUCGAAAAAGAAUUCGAACAGCUAUAUGUGGAGAAUCUCGCACUGCAAGAUAAAUUAGACAAUGCCAUCAGCAGUAAGGAUGCGUUAACUGCUUGUGAACAGCGCGCAGGUGGUGGCGUUUGUAACACUCUGGCUGCUGCCACUUCCACAUGCGCUACACCUGCUACACCCUCGGCCACACAAUGCGAUGAGGUGGGCGGAAGUCUAUUGGCAACCGCCACCACUGGCCCCUCAAGCACACACAAGAGUCUCAAGGCCAAGAUAAGCAGCGCCACAGGUGGCAGCAAAGUGAAGGCAAGCAACAAAAUCAAAGCCCAGACAAGUCGCAUAGUAUCGAGUUUCAAGGCACAGACCGUGGUCAGUUCAGUGGUGCGUGAAUUCGGUGGACACAAGGACGGAAUAUGGCAGGUGGCGGCAAAAGUGGGACAGCCCAUAAUAGGUACCGCAUCUGCGGAUCACACAGCCUGCAUAUUUGGCAUAGAAAGCGGACGUUGUUUAUUGCAGUAUCAGGGACACGCUGGCUCUGUGAACUCCAUCAAGUUUCAUCAGAAUCGGGAUCUCGUGCUAACGGGAAGUGGUGAUGCCACAGCGCAUAUUUGGCAAGCUGCUGUCAAUUGGGAAGUGUCCAAAAAAGUGCACUCUUCGGAGGAGGAAUUGGAUGACAGUGAUGGGCAGAUAGAGGAUCGAGAUCGGGUAGACACUUUACGUACUCCAAUAUGUGAGUUUGCAGGUCCUGGAGGGCAUCUGUCAGUUGUUGUUGCCGCCGAUUGGUUGCCCACAAUGGAUCAGAUAAUUACCGGCAGUUGGGAUCGUACUGCCAUCUUGUGGGAUGUGGAGACACGUGAGCCGCUCCAGCCACUCACAGGACACGAUCAUGAACUCACCCAUGUAUCGGCACAUCCCACGCAGCGAUUAGUCGUAACAGCUUCCCGAGAUACCACCUUCCGCUUGUGGGACUUUCGUGAUCCGAUGUCCGCCGUAUCGGUGUUUCAAGGACACACUGAGACGGUCACCUCCAGCGUUUUUGCACGCGACGACAAAGUCGUUUCGGGCUCGGACGAUCGCACCAUUAAAGUUUGGGAGCUGCGAAAUAUGCGCUCGGCAUUGGCUACCAUACGAACCGAUUCGUCAGUGAAUCGAUUAGCCGUUUCCACAGGCGGCAUUAUUGCCAUACCGCAUGACAAUCGUCAGAUACGGUUAUUCGAUUUGAAUGGACAGCGAGUGGCGCGUUUGCCACGCACCAGUCGUCAGGGUCAUCGGCGCAUGGUAUCCUCGGUGGCCUGGGCUGAGGAGCCGCACAUGAACUGUGAUUUGUUCUCUUGUGGAUUCGAUCGUCGCGUAUUUGGCUGGUCCAUAGUAUUACCAAAGGAUAAUUGAAAAUUACUUAAACAUUGAGCUGCGAGACGGCCUACUAAUACCAACUGAAAAAACAAUCCAUAGUAACUCUUGAUGCAUAAACAUUUGCAUCGAAUUAGCUUGAACAAAACUUAUGCGAAUAUCUUUAGAAUAUAUCAUCUUCAGUGUUUAGUUGUUAUCGAAUACAUAAUCGGUGCUCGUAUAGUUUUAUCCGUACAUACGAACUAUAAAGUAUUACACAUACUAUUAACAUUAGAUAAACUUUGCAAUCAUGCAAAGAUAACUUUAAAUGUUAAACAACUGUUGAUUUUAUGCCAAAUAUUUAUGGUAUGCAUAUGCACUUAAUCAUUGUUAGUAGUAUAACAUUAGUAUAACAUAUAGUUAUAUUCUGUGCAUAAUUGCAUUACAUAAGAAGGAUUUCCUUGACUGCUCCUUUAAUAUCAAUUAGUUCCGAUACAAUGUUGUUUUUUCUGUUUGUUUUAUAAAUAGUUUUCUUUGAAAGCCAUAACUGUACUUCAAACAUUUUAG